AUCUGGUAGUCGGCACGUCUCCGAUGACAGGUCCAUGUCAUAAUACGCAGUUUAUAUAAGUUAUGAUUAAUUACCAUGGAGAAAUUGAAAGUCCCAGAACUUAAAGAUUAUUUGAAAAAGUACGGAAUAACAACUACAGGUCACAGAAAAGACGUUCUCAUAGCUUUAGCCAAUGCAGUUGUCAAACUUGAAUUGGAGCCUGAUCCCGAUUUUCAACAUGACUGUCGACCAGAAACGUUUAUGAAGCAGUGUCUCACGGACUUACACUGUGAUUUUGAUGAUCCAUUUGCUCUUACUUACACAUCUGACUUCAGCCUCAUCCCAGACUUCGGCUUGUAUGAUAUCUUCAACUACCUGUUAUUUCAUAGAUCUGAUUAUGAUAGGAGGAAAUUGAAGGCUUUCAAGUCUUUUGAGGACUAUCGUUUGUUUUAUGAUGGUCAUGUGUUAGACCUCCAAUAUUGUGACAUUAGUGAUGCCAGUAACCUUUGUGCAUUCAAGUCAAAGGUGAAACCAACACAGAAGGAUUCUUCCUAUCUUGGAAAGCCAACAUAUGAUAUGUGGUUCCUCAUGGAAAAAUCAACAGCAGUGAUCAAACUGGCAUUUUGUGAAUGUCCUGGCGGUGCUGAUGGGGCUUGUCGACACAUAGCAGCAAGCCUGUAUGCGCUUGAGGAUUUUGAAAAGCCAUCCGUGACAUCUGGUCCCUGUCUGUGGAAGAGGAGAGCCUUGAGCCAGACUGAAGCUGUGCCUAUAAAGAAGCUUAGGAUUGAAACUGUUGGUUAUGGUAAGGAGAAACAGGAAGUGGGAGAGGUGGAGUUCGACCCCAGACACCCUGAAGACAGACAGAGUUUGUCACAGGAGGCAGCAAAACAGUUUAUUGAUGAAUUGACAGAGGUGAAUAUUAUUAAAUGAAAUCUAGUAAACUGAAAGCAAUGAUGGUUGAAUUAAACUUAAGAAGUGCCUACUUUUUCACUUGUAACACCAAGCAAAUUUAUAUCAUAAAAUUUUCCCCAAAUUUGUACGUUGCCCCUGUCGCAGUUGCUCUUCAGCUGCUCUCAGACAAGACUAACCUCCCUGAGAUUGGACAAGGGGAGCAUGGGGUGGACAGAAGAAUCAGACAGCUGUCCAUAGUCAGCAGGGCACAAGAACUGACAAUGAGUAAUUCUGAUCCAGCUGAUGUCAUGAGGAAACUUAUCUACACAGCAGAUGACAUAGAUUACAUAGAGGCGAAAACCUGUGGACAAAGCUCAAAUGAAAACUGGCAUCACAUUAGAAAGGGUAUCAUAACAGCUUCACUCUUCAAGCGGAUUAACACUCGUGCCAGUACUCUGAGA